AUGAAGUCUCCAUUGAUUGCCGUCCCACUCAAAAAGACCGAGCCGACGGACUGGAGUCACCCGUUAAAGUCUUACCUCCGCAGCCACUAUGGCGGCGUGCUCGACCUUGAAGCCAAUAUCGAGCAGUUCCAGCGCCUGCGCACCGACUUGCAGGGUGCCAACGCGGACGCCACGGGGCGUGACAUCUACUACCGGUACUAUGGCCAGUUGGAGUUGCUCGAUCUUCGCUUGGUGAGUUCUGCGCUCCCGAAGAUCGAGUUCACCUGGCACGAUGCGUUCCUCCCGACUGAAUCUGCGCGCCAAUCCACGUUUGCGUUUGAAAAGGCCAACAUUUUGUUCAAUCUUGGCGCUAUUCUCUCGAAAAUCGGUCACGAUGCCAUGUGUGACGGCAAUUUCAAGGAUGCGUACGCGGCGUACCAACAGGCCGCGGGGGUCUUUGAAUACGUUGGCGAGAGCUUCUUGCACGCGCCGUCAGUUGAUUUGCACGUGGACACUGUCAAGUCGUUGGCGAAGCUCAUGCUUGCGCAGGCCCAAGAGGUAUUUAUUCUCAAGAUGGUGGGCGAGGGCAAAACCGUGACGGCGUUGUUCCCGCGCUUGCUCCAGUGCUGCGCGGCGUUGUACCGCGCCGCGCACGAGCAGCUCACAACUGCGAAUGCCACGCGCGUGGUGGUUGCGACGAACUUGCUUCAAUACGUCUAUAUCAAGGCGCAUUUUUACGUUGCGGCGGUCAAUUAUCACCAGGCAUUGGUCUUGGAGACCAGUAAGCCUGGCGAGGCAAUCGCCUAUCUUAAGGCUGCUUCCUCCGCGUUGAAGGACCACUGCAACGAAUACACGUUGGUGGCGGAGUACAAGCCAUUUCAGGAAACGCUCAAGGAUUACAACGAGCUAAUCCACACGACAUUAGCCCGUUUAGAAAAGGACAAUGACUUUGUGUACCACGCGGUGGUUCCAGCCGCGACCAGUUUACCGGAAAUCAAGCCCAUGGAGUCUGCAAAAGCCCUCCCAUUGACACAGCACCCGGUGUUUAUUGCACUCAACCUGGAGAUGCGCGACUUAUUUGAGAAGAUUAUCCCCUUGGACGUGCACGAGUUGAAUAGUUUGUAUUCCGAGGAGAAGGCGCAGUUGAUCCGCGAUGAGAGCGAGGCCAUUGAUGUAAGCAAUGAGAUGUUGGCAUCGAUCUUUGAGUACUUGAAUUUGCCCAAGGCGCUCCACGAGAUUAAGCACAGGCAGACGGAGGAUGAGACGGACCCCCAGGUGUUAUCGAUGGCGUAUGAGAUCAGCCACGGGGCGAAUUUGUUUGAUGAAAGGGACAAGACUGAGUAUUCCAAGAAAAGGGUGUAUGACCUGCUUGCUGAGGCGGAGACGAAGCUCCGGGGUGUGCCUGAGGGAGAGCGGUUCAGACAGGAGUUGACCGGGAUCAAGAAGUCGUUGUUGGAGGCCACGGAAAACGACGCAAAGUUGUCAGAGGCUCUUAAGGAGGUUGAGGCUGACUUACGGUUUAUCCUCAAGCACGGAAGGGAUGAGGAGGCAAUGAAGAAGUACUAUCUGGGAGGGGAAGCUGACGUGAGCUUGCUUGACAUGGAGCAAAGUAGCACUCUUGAGGUCAAAAUUAGUGCUCUUGAGACCCACAUGUUGGAUCUUACCAAUCUUCGUAAGGAGCGCACAAAGCUCUACGAUUCGUUGAAACAGAUGACGAUGGAUGACGACAUCUCCCAGAUCCUCAUUCUUAACAAGAAGGCUCUCGCCACCAACGUAGGCUUGCAGGCGACAAUUUUCCAGGACGCGUUGCUCAAGUACAAACCGUACCAGGACCGCAUCAACCUCAACAUUGCAAAACAAUCGCAGUUGAUCUCAGCCUUGAAGCGCGUCUGGAACGAAAUCCUUGCCGAGCCAUCCAUAAAGCAGUACCAGACAGCCAGUCAGGCGCGCACGUUACAGGCGCAGACUGCGUUUCAGCGCGUUCUGCUGGCGUACCAGGUCUGGCAGGCUGUUGCUCUGGGCAUCUCCCAGGGCGCUCUGUACUACACGCAGCUCCUUGGGCUUGUUAAGUCACUUGGGGAAAAUAUCGAUGCCUCCGCCAGACGCGCCAGUGCCACAGCUCCUAAUGUUGGAGAUCUUUCUGCUCGUCUCUCGCUGUUGAGUGUGAACGAGUCACCCCGUUCGCUGUUGAGCGGGGGUAUUCCAUCUCUUCCCAGUCGUCCGGAUAAGCCGUUCCAACAAGGCAGCUAUCAAAACCAGUACCAAGCUCCUCCGACCCAGGCUUCUCAGUACCAUGCUCCUCCGGCUCAGACUUCCCAAUAUCUGGCUCCUCAGUUAUCUCUGUACCAGUCUCCUCAGCAGUAUCUGAAUCAGCCAUCCCAGUCUUCUCAACAGCCCCUGUACCAGACUCAACCCUAUCAGAUUCAACCGCAACAGGCCCUCGGUCAUUCACAGCCGCCCCGGGACCAACCACAAGGACCUGGGUUGAUCUACAACGAACCAAGUGUAUUUGACAGAAGUUUGUACACAUCAUAUUCGAAUACUUCGCAGCCACAGCCAGCACAACCACCACAGCAGCCUCCAUAUGAUGGAAACACCUAUGACACAAGCAAGUUUCACUCUCCGUAUUAAGCCGUGCAGGGGAUUUUGCUAACCAUGGAGGGCAUGUGUUUAUAUCAUUAUGAAAGCAAGAC